CAAUCCCUUGCGACCCCGAAUGGCGCCAGGCGGAGGACGGAGCUGCGACAGAGUGCCGUUACUGGCGGAUGGCAAAGCUUGAGCAGCAUCAGCAUCCGCCAAGCGAUAGCCAUCUCCAUCAGCAGGGCAGCCAGAACACGGGCAGGGGCGACUGGUUCAUGGGCCAGCCUCGUUCUGCCGGCUUGGUCUUGAUCAGUCGAGGCCUUGGACUUGGACUUCCAUCACAACCUCCCGCAGGCGAUACCAUCGUGUCCAAUUUGGCCAUACAGCCAUGGAAGAGAUUCGGCCUGAAGCCAACAGCCAGGAUACCCAGGAACGAGCUCGGUACCAGCAGCUCUAUUUCCCAAACCACAACUACAGCAUCAUCAACGGCUUUGGCCACUCAUACAAGGAUGGCAGCCCCUCCGAGCGAUUGGCACGAGAGGCCCUGGACGAUAUAUCGUGGCUGCCGCUCUUUGCCGACAACCUCUCUCGGCUGAGUCUGGUCGGGUGUCGUCGGAUCGUCGACUUUGAGCCGCUGCGACAUCUGGUUGGGCUGCACACUUUGGAUCUGGAUCAUACUGGCAUUGGCGAUCUCGCUCCGCUUGCAUCGCUUCGGCGACUGGAGAGGCUCUAUCUCUCCGGCACAGCAGUGCAAGACGUAGAGCCCCUCCUGGAGCUUGCUGCACUCCGGCGGCUGUAUCUGCCGCCCCAUGCACGAGAGUCCCCGAGCGUCCAGCGACUCAAGGUCCACAACCCAAGGGUCAAGAUCUACUUCAAUCGAUGAGAAACUUGCCGCUGGAGGAGACGGGAGGGUGUCUGUAUAUCUAU